AUGGCGUGGGUCUCCCCGUCGCACCGUCCGACUGCCUUUGGUCUCCUCAAAGGCACCUACUCGACUACGGCUUUCCCGGCCGUGACCCUCAUCUCAGACGAAGAUUUCAGCGUCCGAAAAACAUUCCAUAUCAUCAACGUACUCCCGCCACCUGCUGAGGUCGCCUAA